UUUAAUAUUUAGAAUGAUUGGAGUAGAAAUUUUAUGCUAUUCAUCACAAAGACGCAAACACAUAUAAAAUGAAGAUAUAUUUAGUGGUCCACAAUACCUUGAGCCUUGUCCUGUCCCUUUGAUAAUGGAAAGAGUAGUUAAAUCGGGUCUUGAAACUCCACUGUGCCCUCCAAACCAAGAACCUGAUGAUCAGAGAUUUGAACAAUGUUGUUGCCUUAGAGAAGACAUUGUUGAGGAAGCUAAGAAGCAACUAUGGCUAGCAGGGCCUCUUAUUGCAGUUAGUUUGCUUCAAUUCAGCUUACAAAUGAUAUCUAUAAUGUUUGUUGGCCAUCUUGGCAACUUGUUUCUUUCUGGUGCUUCCUUGGGUUUCUCCUUUGCUUCUUGCACUGGUUACAGUGUUUUGUUAGGAAUGGGGAGUGCAUUGGAGACACUAUGUGGGCAAGCAUAUGGAGCCAAGAAGUAUCACAUGCUAGGAAUCCACACACAAAGGGCAAUGGUUGUUCUUCUAUCUCUGAGUAUUCCAUUAUCACUAAUCUGGUUUUACACAAGCAACCUUCUUAUUGUAAUGGGACAAGACCAUGAGAUAUCGGCUGUGGCCGGAACAUAUAAUCGCUGGAUGAUCCCUGGCCUUUUUGCUUAUGCCAUCCUUCAAUGCCUCAACAGAUUUCUGCAGACUCAAAACAAUGUUUUCCCAAUGCUUAUAACCUCUGGAAUCACAACUUUGGUGCAUGCAGCAUUUUGUUGGCUUUUUGUGUAUGAAUUUGACUUAGGUAGCAAAGGCGCAGCAUUGGCCAUCAGCUUGUCUUAUUGGGUUAAUGUGUUCCUAUUGGUGAUUUACAUAAACUGUUCUAGAGCUUGUGCAUCAACUUGGAAUGGUGUUUCCAAAGAGGCCUUGAAUGACAUUCUCAGCUUUAUAAAACUAGGAGUUGCUUCAGCAGUUAUGAUAUGCUUCGAAUACUGGUCGUUUGAGAUGGUUGUGCUUCUCUCAGGUCUUCUGCCAAACCCACAACUAGAGACAUCUGUUUUAUCAAUAAGCCUUAAUACAUGUUGGAUGGUUUAUCAGAUAUCUGUUGGUCUUGGUGGUGCCAUAAGCACCCGUGUUUCAAAUGAACUGGGUGCUGGGAAUGCACGAGGCGCGCUCUUGGCUCUUCAUGUCAUGAUUGCAACCGCCAUAUUAGAGGGUACAACAAUAGCAUUGAUCACCAUUUUGGUGAGGAAUGUUUGGGGAAAGCUCUACAGCAAUGAAGAUCAAGUUAUAAGAUAUGUUUCCAAGAUGAUGCCUCUACUUGCACUCUCUGACUUCCUGGAUGGCUUCCAGUGUGUUCUUUCAGGAGCUGCUAGAGGGUGUGGUUGGCAAAAUCUAUGUGCAUCUAUAAACCUUGGUGCUUACUAUGUUGUGGGAAUUCCUUCUGCUAUCUUAUUUGCAUUUGUGUUUCAUAUGGGAGGGAUGGGACUUUGGAUAGGAAUCAUUUGUGGACUUUCUGUUCAGGGGAUAGCACUAGUUACAGUAAAUGUAUGCACAGAUUGGGAUAGAGAGGCAAGGAAAACAGUUCACAUAACUCAGGAAACUACUAACAUGGUUAUAGAACCGUAGAUUCAUGACAAUAUGUUGUUUCAAGAAUCAGACAUGCAUGCUGCAAAUUAGUGAUGAUCAAAUUCUACUACUCUUCUUUUGAUUUUUUUGUACUACAUAUGAUGUACAGUAAUAAUGAAUGAUCAACAAGAACUAUAUUCAAGUACUGGUACAAGGGGAAAAAAAGAGGGUAUAUAUUUAUAUGAUCGAGCCAUUUUUUAUUUCUCCUUAUUUGGAAAGAAAAAGUAUUUUAAUUAAUAAGUAUACUAUCAAAAUCGUAUUA